CACCUGGGCAUAUCCAUUGCUAAGCUUUUGAUGGAUUUUAUCCCUCCUCUUCUCUAUUUGUGUGUGGCCUGGCCGAACGGUUACAGUAACGACAUCACUGCAGGACUGGAUGCCUGCGCUGGGCUCAGGAUCCCAGGCUCUGAGCAGGUGUCCCUGUGCAUUCCUGCAUGGUCAGGCAGGGGAACGGCCGCCUGGGGUUAACAGGCUGCUGCCAGUGCAGGAGGAGCAGCACUCAGGUCACUCUCUCCCAGCCCUGGCUGCUGUGUCAGCCUCAGCCACAUUCUUGGGCAACAUGCCUGGUGGCUGUUGCAGAUCACCUGUGUGAAUGCUGGGCAGCAGGCUGAGGCGUGUGGAGCAGCGCCCCUGACCCAGGCUGCCCCCUCCAGGUCCUGUUCCAGGUGCUGUCCUUCAUGAUCUAUGUCGUGAGCUCGGCGUUCUGCAGGCAUCUGGGCAAAGUGGAGCUGGCAUCGGUGACUCUGGCAGUGGCCUUUGUCAAUGUUUGCGGAGUUUCCAUAGGAUUUGGCUUUUCCUCAGCAUGUGACACCUUGAUGUCCCAGAGCUUCGGCAGCCCCAGCAAGCCGCAGGUGGGCGACAUCCUGCAGAGGGGAGUGCUCCUCCUGCUUCUCUGCUGCUUCCCCUGCUGGGCGCUCUUCCUCAACACCCAGCAGAUCCUACUGCUCCUCGGGCAGGGCCCAGACGUGUCCAGGCUGACCCAGGAGUACGUGCUGAUCGCCAUACCCUCACUUCCGGUAAGCGCGCAGCCUGCCAGCCCGGCGCCUGCAGGCGCCCUCUCCGGGUUCGGGCUUUCUGCCUUCCCACUCCCCGCGCCCCCGCCCCCCCCCCCCCCCCCCGCUGCUGGGGAGGGUCCUGGCCCUGCAGCGACUUCCUCUGUGCAGCGAGGAUGCUUGGAGGGGUGGGAGAGAAGUUCCCCUUCCCGCCGGUGCAGACCGGGCUUUUAA